AUGUGUGGUAGUGUCCUGGGAUUGCGGGCCCAAUUAGGACAUUGUGACCGAUAUCUUCGAAAAACCCCUCACAAACAAUUUCAGGUUUCAAAUUGUUCUGAGAAGGCACGGUUUGAGAAAAAGUUCUCAAGGGUUUCAAAAUUAAGGUAAAAUAGUUCAGUUCUAUCCGAAAUCCAUCUACGAAGCGAAGACAAAAAGUUUCGUUUUGAAAUAGAAAUCUUCUAGCCUAGAAAGCUUUUAGCCGCAGUUUUAGGAAAUUUUGUUAAACUGGCCAGACGGUUUGUUGAUGUACCAGAUAAAAAAUAGUUGAAAGACUCAACCUACGCAAUUUUCAUGAUAAAAAAAGCUGAAAUCUCAAGAAAAACUGUUCUUAUAGCUCUCAAUAGAUACUCCGAAACUUUAAAAUUUUUUUCUCAGAAAAAGAUGUUUGCCGAUUUACGAUUUUAGAAAUCCAAAGCUUUUUUGGACACAUUUUGUGAAAUCCCUAAUCCACGACAAACAUAAAUUUUUGUAAACGAUUUUUUGAAAAACUCCCACCCUCAGGAGUUUCAACCUCAGUCAUUACUAUACUUCAAAAAGCGAGACUUCAAGUACGGAAAAGUUUUCGAUUUUCGCUAAAAAAAUAUUUCUGUAACGUUUAAGGAACAAGUGCAAUCAAUGUCUCAUCCUCAACUCGAAGAAAGAUCAGCUAACGGGUCGAAGCAAGGAAAAAAUGUAACAUACAUUUUGCCUCACUAACAUCCCAACAGAAAGUUGAUAUUUAACCUGGCAUGAAAAAGAAGCUACUGUUCGCCCGACUCACUUCAAUGAAUUAGCUCUUUACUUUCUACUUUUUCUAAAAUUCGAUCCAAUUUCAAUACUUUUUUCUGAAAACAUCACAGUCUUCGAAUGGAUCUCCGCUUGGAAGAAACAAGAAGUAUUUCUGCAAAACAAUUUACGGUGAAUAUGCAAAGCGUGCACGCUUUUCUCACAACAUGGAAGAAAGCGCGCUGCCCUUUCCAUGAGGGCUUUUAUUUUGAGUAAAGCUCAAUUUCUCUUUUUUUGUGAUUAUAGUUUUAUCAUUUAAUUACUGUUGAAAUAUUUACAAUUUUUCCACGAUUAUACGAUUAUACAAUUUUUUUCCGAUUUUCAGAUGGACAAAAUAUUAAGAGGUGUGGUUAAAUACCGCCAAACAGUAAAGAAAGAUCUUGUCGCUCAAUUUGAAGAAGUUCGCAAUAACCCAAAGGUUUUUUUCACAUUAAACUUCACCAAAAAAAAAGAAACAAUGAUUCAGAAACUGCAAUUACUUGAAAUAGAACUUUUUGAGAAUUGCUUCCGAAUUUUCAGCCAACAGCUGUGAUGUUCACCUGCAUGGAUUCUAGAAUGCUGCCGACUCGAUUCACUCAGUCAAAAGUCGGAGAUAUGUUCGUCGUCAGAAACGCCGGCAAUAUGAUUCCUGAAGCUCCUAACUACGGUACUCAUUUUUCCGUUUUUGACAUCUACUCCCAAUAAUUUCUCAGGAUUUUCCUCUGAAGUUUCUGUUACAACAGAGCCCGCAGCAUUAGAAUUGGCUGUGAAGCGAGGCGGGAUCAAUCAUAUUGUCGUCUGUGGGCACAGCGAUUGCAAGGUAUUUUUUGGACUUUUUUUUCGAUGUGAUGGGAAAAAAGCGUUUCAGGCUAUCAAUACACUUUAUGGGCUUCAUCAGUGUCCAAAAAACUUUGACGUUUCCUCUCCAAUGGACCAAUGGGUUAGGAAUAACGGCUAUCAAUCUAUCAAAAAGUGAGCUUGGAGCUUUCCUUUAUGAUUAUACAACUUUAAUUAUUUGAGAAGUUUUCAAGUCGAAGUUAGUGGCAUAUCAUGCAAUUGGAUGCUUCUGGUUAGAAAAUUGUACAAAGACAUUUUGAAAAUUGAACGAUGUGCACUGAAAAACUUCAAACAGCUCUUUCAGCUGAAAUUAAUAGUUUUGAGGAUCAAAAUUCUAGAAGAGAGUGUUGCAGGUUAAACGAACGCCUACAUAAAGGGGCUGCUAAAAUGACUUUCAACUGCGAAAUGUCUCCGAAUCAAUCUUUUGAAGCAAUUAUCGAUCCGAUGGAUCGUUUGCCGGUUGAAGACAAACUCUCUCAGGUUUGUGAUUGACUUUUUUUUUCGAAAAUAAGCAAUAGUCUUCAACAAAAAUGUUUGAUAUUUAUCUGAGAUCACCCUGUACAGACCACAAUAAAUAUAUUUUUCAAACGUAUUUUAUAUGCCAUCAAAUAACGAUUCGUAUAAAGGGUUUAUUGAUUACUGACACCUGAAAGUUUGAUUUGUGUAGAUCGGCUUGUUCUCAAGAAAAUUAGAAACUCUCUAUAAAGUUUUUUUCAACUUUCAUGAAAACUUUAUUUUCAGGUGAAUGUUCUACAACAACUCGUUAACAUUGCUUCGCACUCUUUUCUGAGUGAACAUUUUGAAAAAAGUAAUUCUAUCGAUCUUUUUGAUGAGCUCAAAGAAUUUAUUUCAGAGAAAUUGUUUGUUCAUGGCAUGUGGUUCGACAUUUACAAAGGCGAAGUCUACAUAUUCUCGCGUGAAAAAAAGCGUUUUAUUGUUAUUGACGUGAGUUUUCUUUUGAAAGUCUGUAUCAAAUAGAAAAGCAAACGAUUUUCUUACCAUGUAGCUUUUUUGGUUAGCUGAAGUGUUUUUUUAAUUUUGAGAGGUACAAAAUUUGAUCAGCGCUUUUCUACACCUUAUAAACUCAUUUUCUUUCAGGACAACAGCAUCGAUGACCUUCUGAAGGAGCUGAGCCAAUACGCGCCUGCCGAACCAAAUCCACCCAAAGACGAAUAA